AUGGCUGGAUCGGUCAUCACCGGCUCCCGAGAACGUCCUGCGGCUUCAAGGACCAGCUUCAUCCCCGAGAUACAGGGCAUGAUGUUUUCCCUGGGAGAUGCUCGCAGGCCGCUUCACGAGACAGCAGCCCUGGUGGAGGACAUCGUGCACACACAGCUCAUCACCAUGCUCCAUCAGGCAAGUGAGGGUGCCACACUUCGGGGGUCGAGGGUCAUUGCCGUGGAGGACAUCCUCUUCCUCAUGCGCAGAGACAAGAGGAAGCUAUCUCGCCUGUUGAAAUAUCUUCAGUUCCGAGAUUACAAGUCCAAGCUUCUGAAGAAUCUCGAUGACGACGAUGGGCAGCAGGAACAAGGCACGGUCGCCGGGGGCAUCCAGCGUCGCCAGCGUCUGGCUCAGGAUCACCUUCUGUUGUUGGACCACACCGGCGAGCUGCUGUCACUGGUGGAGCGUCGGGAGAUGGACCCUGUUAAACAGGAGCGACUGGAGCGCAUGGAACGUCACAGCAGAGCCAUGGACCCCACGCAGUAUGCCGAAUUCUGUGAGAGUCGACAGCUCAGCUUUGUUAAAAAAGCGUCCAAGUUCCGAGACUGGCUAGAUUGUAGCAGCUUGGAGCUCAAACCCAACGGUAUCACCAUGGAGAUCCUGUCGUACCUGGCCUACGAGACCGUCGCCCAGAUUGUGGACUUGUCUCUGCUGGUCAAGCAGGAAAUGGUGGCCAAAACCAACACCGUUGCUCACGUCAUCUCAGCCAGCCAUAUACAAUACAACACUCACGCAGAGGUUAAGAAGGAAUCGGACUCCCCCGAAGCCACGCCUCCCUCCACGCCUGGCUCCUCCCACUCAUCCAAGCCCCUCCUCCAAGGCAAUGGAAGUCUGGAUGGACGAGCGAGGCAAAGGAAACGCAAAAAGAGCUGUCCUGCGACUGCAGAGCCUCCGAGUGGAGCCAUUCAGCCUUGUCAUAUCCGAGAGGCCAUCAGAAGAUUCAACUACAGACAAACGAGCACCUACAGAAGGAGCGGGAUGUCUUACCUGUCCUGUUGA